AUGAAGAUGAUUGAAACAGGCGCGGCAACUCGGCUUGCUAAGGCAGGAUUUGCAGUCUAUGGGAUUGAUUAUGAAGGCCAUGGAAAAUCAGCUGGACUUCAGGAAAGGAAGGAGAACAAGAGAAAGAUGAGAAUUUUGCUGGGAGAAUCAAUGGGAGGAGCUAUGGUUCUUCUCUUACACAGGAAGAAGCCUGUCUAUUGGGAUGGUGGGGUCUUGGUUGCACCAAUGUGUAAGAUUGCAGAUGAUAUGAAGCCACAUCCAAUGGUCAUCAGUGUUUUCACAAAGCUUUGCCAUAUCAUCCCAACUUGGAAAAUUAUUCCAACUCCAGAUGUCAUUGAUGCUGCCUUUAGAGAUCCUGAAAUAAGAAAGGAGAUCCGGUCCAACCCAUAUUGCUACAAAGGACGGCCGCGAUUGCAAACUGGCUACCAACUGGUAAAAGUCAGCUUAGAUCUAGAGGAAAGACUUCAAGAGGUCUCAUUACCAUUUCUGAUAGUCCAUGGAGGAGAUGAUAAAGUGACUGAUCCAUCGGUUAGCAAACUCCUGUAUGAAACAGCUUCCAGCUCCGACAAGACCUUUGAGUUGUACAAGGGCAUGUGGCAUUCUCUCUCCUACGGCGAGUUACCUGAAAACAUUGACAUUGUGUUUUCAGACAUUAUCAAUUGGUUAGAUCAGAGAGUUGCCUUAGGUCUCCGGUGCAUGGAGGUCUUUACAAUGUGUGUACGCGAAUGA